AUGACACGGCGUCUUCAUGAGUUUAAAAUGGAGAGAGUUACUCGCAUGGUGAAACAUCUGGACGCGUUUGAUGAGCUGGUCGUGGGACUCCAGACGACGGGAAAGCCGGUGGAUGAAUCAAGACAGCUAGUGGUGCUUUUGAGCAGCUUGCCGGCAGAAUACGAGAUAAUUUCGUCUAUCGUCGAGAACGUCAAAGACAUCACUCUGAUCGAAGUCAAGGUGAAGCUGUUGAAGGAGUCAGACAGGCUACAGAAGAAGGAAGCAAGUGAGAAAGCGUUUCGUGCCACAGGCAAUGAUGGACGGAACAAGGGCAGACGAGGAAGUGGUCGCAAGAAUUACGCGCCACGCAAAAGCGGCGGUUUCCGGGGAAAAUGCUUUAAUUGUGACCAAACUGGUCAUAUGAAACGGGACUAUCCAGCUGCUGAGAACCGUCCCAGAAAUCGUUAUAGCGGUAGUGAUGCAGUGUUUGCUGUGGGGAAAGAGCAAUCAGCAAGCUGGCUGAUUGAUAGUGACGGCAGGAAGUUACGCGUCGAAGAAGCUAGAACGGUGAAGCUUAUCGGCUUAGAUGGAAGACGCAUAUCGAUGAUGGAGGUACUGCAUAUACCUGGAUUUGACAGACGUUUACUGUCGGUGGGAAAGCUUGCCGAACGGGGACUAAGUGUGGAAUUCCAACGUGCGUCAUGCACCAUUUGGGAGAAGAACGAAGCGUUGGCAACUGGAACAAGAAAUGGAAAAGCUUACACACUGGAUUGUCAGCAAGAGGAGGCACGAUCAGUGCAAUACUCGGGAGCUGAUAGUCAGUGGGAGCUAUAG